UUUCCCAAGACUGUCAAGACGUUUUGUCGAUAAAUAGAAUGUCUCUCUGAUAUUAAUUAUCUAGUCAUUUUGUGGUUAUGUUUAUGUGUUGUGUGCAAAAUGUUUUGGAAUGUUGUGUGUCUAUCUUUUACGGUUUUAACGCCAGUUCUUACUGCUGUAGUAAAUGAAACACCCGGACUUUGCAGUUCUGGUGAGUUCCAAUGUGGAGACGGUGCGUGUAUAAGUUUGGACCAAGCUUGCAACGGGGAAGCUGACUGUAUUGGCGGUCGUGAUGAACAAGCGUGUAGUGGUAUGAGUCACGUGAAUCCAUUGGAGGAUUUAAUUUUACAUCGAAGAAGAAGACAGACGAGUUGUGGACGCAAUCAGUGGAAAUGCCGCGAUGGUACAUGUAUAGGUUUUGACGGCAAAUGUGAUGGCGUUGUCGACUGUCCUGAUGGUAGUGAUGAAACGUUUCCAUUGUGCAGGAAUAUGAAAUGUCAAAGCAAUUGGUUCAAAUGUACAUACGGUGCGUGUGUUGAUGGAACAGCCCCUUGUAAUGGUAUUAAGGAAUGCGCUGAUGAUUCCGACGAGUUAUUACCACGUUGUAGGAAUGAGACUGAGGAAAUAAACGGUCAAUUCCGCUGCGCGAACGGCCAACUGAUCCCCGCAGCAGACCGCUGCGAUGGCAAACCAGACUGUUCAGAUGGGUCUGACGAAACCGUCCGGUCGUGUGCUGGCAAUACUUGCCCCGGGUACUUGUUCCAGUGUGCGUAUGGUGCGUGCGUGGAUGAAGGGUCUGAUUGUGAUAAUAUCAAAGAAUGCGCAGACGGUUCAGAUGAGUCAGACGAGUUGUGUAACAGAAUAGCGACUGUAACUACUACGACGUCCAGGCCACAAACCGGCAAGUGCAUAGUACCACAACACCCGAACAACGGGCGGUACAUAGUUGCUGGGGCUGGUACUGCAGUACCGGGCUCCCGGUUCCCGGUACUGAGCCUGAACGUGUCCUGUAACCCGGGAUACAGGCCAAGAGCCGACCCUACUGUGUUGUGUGUGGAUGGCGCUUGGUCGGCUGACUACCCGCAGUGUACACGUUUCUGCCACUUAAACCCACAUGAGAGCGUCACCUACCGUUGCCUUAUCUCCGGUUCGAAUUCCCUCGAAGGUUCCAGAACUUGCAACACAGACGAACCAGACGGCACAAUCGCCAGACCGGAAUGUAACAGACCGAAUUACUAUUCUCCCUCCGUUCUCCCUCUAAUGCGCUGUUCUGACGGGAAUUGGGACUUCACUCCAACUUGCCAGCCAGAAUGCGGUAGAGUAACACCAGAAGGUGUCCAACUCGUAAUAGACGGUUGGGCAGCCAAACGCGGGGAACUACCUUGGCAUACAGGCAUAUACUCCAAACGGACUACACCGUACAAGCAGAUCUGUGGGGGCUCGCUUGUUAGCAGCACUGUUGUUAUAUCUGCCGCCCAUUGCUUCUGGGAUGACUUAACAAAGAAGCAACCGGCACAGAAGUACGCGAUUGCAAUUGGCAAACUGUACCGGCCGUGGAAUGAACCUAAAGACGUAGACGCUCAGAAGUCGGAUGUAAAAUCAAUAGAAAUACCGCCGCGUUUUCAAGGAGCAGCGGCUAACUUCCAAGAAGACAUUGCGGUACUAAUUCUAACAACGAGCAUACAAUAUAAGACGUAUGUCCGUCCUGUCUGUCUGAGUUUUGAUUAUGAGUUCGACAAAACGCAGCUGACGGUUGGAAAGAUGGGGAAGGUGGCCGGCUGGGGUCUGACCGGUGAGAAUGGUCUGGCUUCUCCCACACUACAAGUUGUGAACUUUCCCUUCGUGGACAUUAACACUUGUAUAGCCAACUCUCCGCCGGGCUUCAGGGAAUAUAUUAAUAGCGACAAAUUCUGCGCUGGAUAUCUUAAUGGUACAACAUUAUGUAAAGGGGACAGUGGGGGUGGUUUAGCUUUCCCCGAUAGAGAAAUGGGGGUAGAGAGAUAUUUCCUAAGAGGAAUUGUUUCCACAGCACCAACUGACGACAAUCUUUGUAACGCUCACACUUACGUGACUUUCACACAAGUUAUUAAACAUGAACAUUUUAUUAAAGCGUUUUUGAGAUGAGAAAUAAAUUAUUUUUCUAAUA